AUGGUGUUUGUAAAGACGGAUAUGGUGCUCUGGGUGAUGCUCACUUUGUGUAUCUUGACAUCUAUCCGAUUGUUAUUCUUGGGACUGCGAAACCCAUUGAAACAUAUUCCUGGACCCUGGUACACACUUGUCACGCACUAUGUGUUAAAAUUGAAAACCAUCAACGGUCAGCGGAUGUAUUAUGUUCAUUCGCUUCACGAACGUUAUGGACCCAUUGUCCGAAUAUCCCCUUACCAAGUGGCAGUUGCCGACCCUGAUGCUUUCAUCGCUAUUCAUCGCGUGGGUUCUGGAUUUUACAAAUCACCAUUCUACGAAGAUUUCAAUGGUACAUCGGGCUUUGGUAUUGGUCUCUUCGCCAUGACGGACCCAAAAAGACAUGCUGCCCGACGCAAGUUAUUUGCUCGCAGCUUUACCAAAACCAGUCUCCGUCUGCAUUGCGAGUCAGUCGUCCAAGAGAAAGUUAUGAAAGCUGUAGGCCGGAUAAAAGCAGAGGCUACUCAUGCGUCUUCUGAUAUUCUUCACUGGUGGCUUUUGAUGGCUUCAGAUGUGAUUGGUCAAUUGUCAUUUGGGGAAUCUUUUGAGCUCUUGGAAGCUGGAAAGAAGAACGACUUUGUCGCAACGCUUCAGCUGGCAAGUCUGGGUAGUUUCAUCAGCUAUGAGUUUCCAUUGCUAUACGCGGUAUCUCGCUAUAUACCAAUUGGUUCCGUGCAAUGGUUGCUCAACGCGGGAGAAUCCAUUCUUUCGUAUGGUGGCCGCGCUGUCGAGAACCUGCGUAGACACCGAGACAACAAGGGCAAUAUUUUCGCCACCGCCCUAGCUGAGUGCGAUGCUGACGAGAAGGGGUACCUGACGGACCAGGACAUCAAAACAGAAGCGGGAAAUUUCAUCCUUGCAGGCGCUGACACUACAGCGUCCACUCUUACGUACCUCGUGUGGGCCGUUCUCAAAAAGCCCAAUCUUCAAGCUCAAGUGGAAGCCGAGGUUGCGGCAAUCGAUGAAGGCAGCAUUUUGGACGAUGUAUUUUUGGAGAAACUUCCACUUCUCAACGCUGUUAUUGAGGAGACAUUGCGUCUUUAUGGCGGUGUCCCAAGCAACCUUCCACGUGUCGUUCCACCCAAGGGCGCCACGUUUGGUGGGUACCAUAUCCCUGGGGGCCUGGAGGUUGAAACUCAGGCUUACACUCUUCAUCGAAUUCCGGACGUCUAUUCGAGCCCGUUGCAGUUUGACGAACAACGAUGGUUAGACCCAGAAAAAACUACACCUCAGCAGAAGAGUACCUUUUGCCCAUUUGGAGCCGGUACUAGGAUUUGUCUUGGUGUGCAUCUCGCCCGUAUGGAGAUGCGAAUGGCCGCCGCAGCGCUGUUCCGCCACUGUCCUGGUCUCAAGCUGUCUAGCAGCAUGACAGACUCAAUGAUGGAAAUGGAAAACUACUUUAUUGUAGCUCCGAUUGGACAUCGUUGCGAUGUCACGUUGGCACAAUAA